CAGACCCAGGCCAGGUGGGAGUUUCCACUCUCCGUGGGGCCUGGGCUUCUGCUCCGGGGCUGUUGCAGAACCCCGAGUUGUGCAUGGCCGAGGUGGGAGCAUGCCAGGGCUAUGGAGGCAGAGGCUUCCUUCGGCGUGGGCUUUGCUCCUUCUGCCGUUCUUGCGACUGCUGAUGCCCGCAGCCCCCGAACCCCACCAGGGGUCCUACAAGCCAGUGAUCAUGGUGCACCGGCUCUUUGACAGUUCAUACAGCUUCCGCCACCUGCUGGACUAUAUCAAUGAGACACACCCUGGGACUGUGGUGACAGUGCUCGAUCUCUUCGAUGGCAGAGAGAGCUUGCGGCCCUUGUGGGAACAGGUGCAAGGGUUCCGAGAGGCUGUGGCCCUCAUCAUGGAAAAGGCCCCUGAAGGGGUGCAUCUCAUCUGCUACUCCCAGGGGGGCCUGGUGUGCCGAGCUUUGCUGUGUGUCAUGGAUGAGCACAAUGUGGAUUCUUUCAUCUCCCUCUCUUCCCCACAGAUGGGACAGUAUGGAGACACAGACUCUCAGAAGUGGCUGUUCCCUACAUCCAUGUGGUCUAACCUCUAUCGGGUCUGCUAUAGUCCUUGGGGCCAAGAAUUUUCCAUCUGCAACUACUGGCAUGAUCCUCACCAUGAUGACAUGUACCUCAAUGCCAGCAGCUUCCGGGCCCUCAUCAAUGGGGAGAGAGACCAUCCCAAUGCUAUUGUGUGGUGGAAGAACUUUCUCCGAGUGGGCCGCCUGGUGCUGACUGGGGGUCCUGACGAUGGAGUCAUCACUCCCUGGCAAUCUAGUUUCUUUGGUUUCUAUGACGCCAAUGAGAUGGUCUUGGAUAUGGAGGAGCAGCCAGUUUAUCUGCGAGACUCCUUUGGGUUGACGUCUCUCUUGGCCCGGGGGGCCAUAGUGAGGUGUCCGGUGGCUGGGAUCUCAUACCACCUGGCACUCCAAUCGCACGCUCUGUGA